AGAAAAGAAUGAAUGAAUUUGGUAUGGGGAAGGCUGUGUUUGAGGUACUUGUGGAAUUUCCAGCUGAAGACUCCUAAUAGAUCAUUGAAAUGGUAGUCUGGACAUCCUUUGAGAGAUGUUUAGAAGUAUAGGUAUGAGAGGCCUUUUAAUAUAUUUACUAUAUACAGAAAAGAAUGGAACUAAUUUCCCAGAAAAUGAAGUUGAAUCAUUCUCUUUUUAUGCAGAAGAGACAUAAAAACAAGAACAAUCCUGUAGGACAUCAAUAUUCACAAAUCAUGCAGAAAAUGAAGUCACUGUGAAUGGGUCUGAGGAAUAGCCAGUGAAAGCUGGGAAUGUGUGAAAUAGAAUCCUGUAACAAAUUAAUAUUCACAUUUUUUUCAACAGGAACAAUUCACAGAGAAGAUGGAGAUUGGAAACCACACCACAGUGACAGAGUUUAUCAUUUUAGGGUUAACUGAGGAUCCUACACUUCAUAACAUCUUCUUUGUGAUAUUUCUAGGAAUCUACAUUGUCACCUUAAUAGGCAAUAUCAGCAUAAUCAUUUUAAUAAGAAGCUGUUCCCAGCUUCACACCCCCAUGUACGUGUUCCUCAGCCAUUUGGCUUUUGUGGACAUUGGGCUUUCCACAGUAGUCACGCCUAUAAUGCUUAUGGGAUUCCUAAAGCAUGGAACAGCCCUCCCUGUCACUAGCUGUGAAGCCCAGCUCUGUUCUGUAGUCAUGUUUGGGACAGCUGAGUGCUUCUUGCUGGCAACCAUGGCCUAUGAUCGCUAUGUGGCCAUCUGCUUGCCCCUGGAAUACUCUACCCACAUGUCCCCCAGAAUCUGCAUCCUCUUCGUGGGGGCUUCUUACCUGGGUGGAUGUGUGAAUACCUCAACAUUUUCUAGUUGUUUAUUGAGGUUGUCUUUCUGUGGACCAAAUCAGAUAGAUCAUUUUUUCUGUGAUAUCUCUCCUUUGCUGAAACUUUCCUGCUCAGAUAUCUCUAUUCCUGAAAUAGAGAUCCCUUCCAUCUCUUCUGGCUCUAUCAUUGUGGUCACAGUAUUUGUCAUAGCUGUUUCCUACAUCUACAUCCUCAUCACCAUCCUGAAGAUGUGCUCUGCCAAGGGGCGCCACAAGGCCUUCUCCACCUGCUCCUCCCACCUCACAGUGGUUACUCUCUACUAUGGAACGAUUACCUUCAUUUACGUGAUGCCCAAGUCCAGUUACUCAACUAGCCAGAACAGAUUGAUAUCUCUGUCCUAUACAGUGGUAAUCCCUAUAUUGAACCCCUUUAUCUAUAGUCUGAGGAACAGAGAUGUAAAGGAGGCACUAAGAAAGGCAACUCUCAGAAUAUAUUCUUAG